AUGGCUAACACUUACUUCACCAUCAUUUCUCUCUUGCUUCUCCUUGUGGCCUUCUCUUAUACACAAACUAGUGAAGCUAUUCCAUACAAAACAGAAAAGAAAAUAGAUGUGGUUGUUGAAACUACAGUCUACUGUCAAAGCUGUGAACAUUCAGGAACUUGGUCUCUAAUUGGAGCCAAACCAAUUCCUUCAGCCAAAGUAAGCAUCACCUGCAAAACACAUAGAGGCCAUGUUAGUUACUACAAAGUGUUUGAAACUGACAAAAAUGGUUACCUCUAUGCACCAUUAGAAGGGUUCAAGAUGCAGGAUUAUAUACUAGAUCAUCCACUUCACGCUUGCUUCGUGAAGCCGGUUUGGUCUCCUCUUGAGGGUUGCAGUCUUCUCGCGAAUGUUAAUUAUGGUUUGAAUGGUUCUCCACUUCGUUAUGAGAACAAGAGAUUGCAUGGAAGUAAGUAUCAGGCUGUUAUAUAUGCUGCUGGUCCCUUGGCUUUCCAUCCUCCUGACUGCUCAAAGACUCAUUACUAAUGCCUUAAACAA